UGACUUAACGACAGCUGUGAAUUGCACAGCUGUCCAAUUGAAGAACAAGCAUCAUAACAAUUGCUAACUUUUCUACGCAUUUUGUGCACGUGUUGAAUUUUAAUAAAUUUUCUUAUUAAAAGUGUUUAUAACAAGUUCAAACCAAUAAAUAUAGAAAGAUGAGUAAGAAAAGUAAAACAAAGUCUGGCGAUCUUGGGCGCGCGUUGAUAAAAAACCGCUUUGGCCACCAAUUUCGACGUAAAGUGGACAAUGACACUAUGCUGCACACUACCGAAAUUCAGGAUGGCUACGACUGGGGUCGCCUCAAUUUGGCCUCAGUCACUGAAGAGUCAUCAUUUCAUGAUUUUCUGCGCACCGCCGAGCUGGCGGGCACGGAAUUUCAAGCUGAGAAACUCAAUAUUACUUUUAUCAAUCCAAAAUCCGGCGUUGGUUUACUCUCUAAAUCACAACAACAGCAAAUGCAGCAAAAGCAUAAUGAACACAAGAAUAUGUUGACAGUGCCGCGUCGCCCGAAAUGGACGACAGAAACAACGGGGGAAGAGUUGCAACUCGCUGAAAACCAAAGCUUUUUAGAGUGGCGUCGCUCCUUAGCGCUGCUACAAGAAGAUCAAGAUAUACUGCUCACACCAUACGAAAAAAAUUUGGAAUUCUGGCGUCAAUUAUGGCGUGUUGUUGAACGUUCCGAUGUUAUUGUACAAAUUGUGGAUGCACGUAAUCCGCUACUCUUUCGCAGUGUCGAUUUGGAGCGUUAUGUAAAGGAAGUGAAUCCGGCUAAGAUGAAUAUGAUAUUAGUGAAUAAAUCAGAUAUGUUGACGCAACAACAACGCCAGCACUGGGCGAGUUAUUUUGAUGCUGAAGGCAUACGUACUGCAUUCUUCUCUGCCACGCUAGCUGCGGAGGAUUUAAAGAAAGUCGUUGAAGAAACGAGUGAUGCGGAGAAUGAUAGUGAAAAUGCGGCUAACGAUAGUGACAAUAACGAGACAGCAAGCGAUGCGGAUGGCGAAAAUGACAGUGAAACGCCGGCAGAUAAGCCACGCACAGAAUCUACACAAUCGGAAAUAUCAUUGGAAGAAAUUAAAGUUGCUGCCAGUGAAAUCAAUAAAUCAUUAGACAAUGUGGAGAAUUUGUUAAACAAAAUAGAGCAAAAAAUCGAUCCAAAACCGGCGACAGCUAAGGAAGUAAUCAAAAAUAAUCCAAAAGUGUUGACGCGUGAAGAACUCAUUGCUUUGUUUAAGAAAAUCUACACCGGUAAGACGUUCACAGAAGCCGUUACGACCAUUGGUUUGGUGGGCUAUCCGAAUGUGGGCAAGAGUAGCACCAUCAAUGCAUUGAUGAUUGAAAAGAAGGUGUCCGUUUCAGCCACGCCGGGUAAAACAAAGCAUUUUCAAACGCUUUACUUGGAUAGCGAUUUGCUGUUAUGUGAUUGUCCCGGUUUGGUAAUGCCAAGUUUUGUUUUGACCAAGGCUGAUAUGAUACUGAACGGUAUACUGCCAAUAGAUCAGAUGCGUGAUCAUGUGCCGCCCGUGAAUUUACUUUGCGAGCGUAUACCCCGACACGUGCUCGAGGAAAAAUAUGGUAUCAUCAUAGCUAAGCCAGUCGAGGGUGAAGAUGAGGAACGACUGCCACAUUCAGAGGAGCUGCUGCUCGCUUAUGGCUACAAUCGCGGCUUUAUGACCUCCAACGGCCAACCGGAUCAAUCGCGUUCUGCGCGUUACGUCUGCAAAGACUAUGUUAACGGUAAACUACUAUACUGCGUUGCACCACCUAAUGUGCCGCAAGCAGAAUAUCAUGUCUUCCCACCGAGAACGCGCAAAGAAAUCGAAGAAGAGAAGCUGCCAUGUCAACAACAACGCGCCAUGCGGAUCAACACCAAGUCUGCUUCGACGGAAAUCGACGAUCAAUUUUUCGCCGCAAAUAACAGUAAAGCUUACGUAAAGGGGCGCAGCAACUUUCCACACGUGCGCGUGGCCAACGACGGCAGCUUAGUAAGCGCGCCGGCCACAGAGAAACCUUGGCGCAGCGUCAAAAAGGAGCGACGUGAGAAGUUGCGCAAAAAGUUUUCGCAUUUAGAUCAGCACUGAACGUCGGUUCAAUGCAUAUAUGCAAAUAUAUUUAUAUGUCUAGUAGAACUAGUAGUACUGACGUUUCUUUAAAUGCAUUGCUUUUAGCUACAUACAUACAUAUGUCAUGUGGUUUUCAAACGCCCGCUAUGUAUAUAUAUGCAAAUUAAUUAUUAUAAAACUGAAAUUGGAUAUUUUUUAUAUGUGUGUAAAUAUUUGCAUUUCUACACACAAGCAAAUUAGCAAAUUAGUAACUAUAUGCAUACAUAGAGUUAGAACUAAAUGUCAGCAUCAUUACUAGAAUUAAUUAGUAUGUUAAAUUUGAAUUAUGGCAAGCUCAUGGGUGCUAUAUGACCUUGUUGUAAUGUAUACAUAUGAAAAACUAUGAAUAAAAAAAACUAAUUAACUAUAAGAAAGUGAGUGCGCAGUUACCUUUUGUCGCUGAAUCAUUCAAAGUUUUUAUCAAUAUAUUGUUAUGCAAGGUAAUUUGCCUGAUUUAAUAUAUUUAUAAUACUGUUAUAAA